AAUAGAGACUGGUACUUCAUCGGCACCAUUCUUCGUCGGCUCGGCAGGAUUAGACUAGGGCACCGGCUACUGCACGCAGUCUUGUUUGGGCGCGGCCGCUCUCGUUUCUCUUCUUCCUCCACCCACUCGCUACUUGAUAAUUUCCCUAGCGAUCCAUAUAUAUACCCAAGCGUGUUCCAGCGUGAGCUGGUGGUGAAAAGGAAAGCAUGGCCCAGAAGAACGCUGAUGGGCAUGGAGUGGUGCUGUUCCCGGCUCCGUUCCAGGGCCACAUCAACCCAAUGUUUCACCUGGCCUCCCUCCUCCUUGCCAGGGGCUUCUCCAUCACCAUCCUCCACACCAACUUCAACUCUCCCGACCCCACCAACUAUCCCAACUACCACUUCGUAUCCGUCCCCGACGGACUCACCACCCCUAUCGACGACGUCGUUGCGCUGGUCCUCUCUCUCAACGCCAACUGCGAGGCCCCGUUCCGCGAUCAAAUGUCUCGGAUGCGCUCGGAACGCGGUGGAGAGCCGAUCGCUUGCGUGGUUGUCGAUUCCCUCUUGUACUCGGUGCAAGCUGCGGCCAACCAGCUUGGGCUGCCGACGCUAGUGCUGAGGACCGGCAGCGCAGCAUCUUUCAACAUGUUCGUAGCAUUUCCCCUGCUGUGGAAAAGAGGGUACCUGCCAAUUCAAGAUUCUCGGCUGGAAAUCCCGGUGAAAGAACUUGCACCCCUUCGGGUGAGAGACUUGCUGCGCGUAGAGAAAAGCAGCCCACAAAAGUUGCGGGAAUUGAUAGACCAAGUCGUCAAGGAAGCAAGGACAUCAUCGGGGAUCAUAUUUAACACCUUCGCCGCCAUCGAAGGGAAUGAGUUGGAAAAAGUCAGGGAAGAGCUGUCCGUGCCAGUUUUCCCCAUAGGUCCUCUCCACAAGUUGUCCCCGAAAUCUGAGAACAGCUUGAUGGACCAAGACCAUGGCUGCCUGGAGUGGCUGGACGAACAAGCCCCACGGUCCGUUCUGUACGUGAGCUUUGGAAGCUUAGCCUCCAUGGACGGCAGGGAGUUUGCGGAGACGGCUUGGGGGUUGGCCAAUUGCCGGCAGUCUUUCCUUUGGGUUGUUCGACCGGCUUCGGUUCGUGGUUCUGCGCAGGUCGAGCUGCCCGAGGGGUUCGAGGAGGAGACUCGGGGCAGAGGCAAGAUGGUCAAGUGGGCUCCACAGCAGCAGGUUCUGGCCCACCCUGCCGUGGGUGGCUUCUGGACGCACGGUGGCUGGAACUCCACCGUGGAGAGCAUAAGCGAAGGGAUCCCCAUGCUCUGCAACCCCUACUUCGCGGACCAAAUGGGAAACGCCAGGUUUGUGAGCGAGGUGUGGAAGGUUGGCAUACGGCUGGAGAAUGGGCUGGAGAGAGGGGAGAUCGAGAGCGCGAUCAGAAGACUGAUGACCGGGAAAGAAGGGGACGAGAUGAAACGAAGAGCGAGACAUCUCCAAGAGAAAGCAGCUCGAUGCAUCAGAAACGAAGGAUCAUCUCAUGCGGCUCUUGACAAGCUGGUGGAUUACCUCUUGUCAUUCUAGAUUGCAAUGCGUCGUGUAAUGCCAUGCAGUUUGGCUUUGUGACGGGUUCUGAGAUUGUCUUUAUCGCUAAAACUGAAAUGGAUGCUCUCGGGAAAGUAGAAUGAAAUUAUAUAUAUAUAUAUAGCUUUUCCAAUAA